AUGAAAAAGAAAGAGUUUACUAAAAAGGAAACAAGUGACCCGUUGGAUAAGCCAACAUCUGGCGACGUCGAUGAGGACAAAGGCAAAGACAUGGAUAUUUUCCAAAAACUUUUGCAAAAAUUUUCGAUUGCCAGUACUGGCUUUAGAAAAUUUUCUGGUAGCACAGGGGAGAAUGCAUAUGAAUGGUAUUCUCAAUUUAGUAUAUUAGAGGAUCAAAUACCUCCAGGAAAAUUACUUGAGUUGAUAAGGAUUAAUUUAAUAAAAGAUGCUGAGUUGUGGUAUAGAUCACUGGAGGGUGAGGAAAUUAAUAAUCUUGAAUCGUUUAAAUUGUAUUUUAAUGAAGAAUAUGUAAUAUUACAGAGUAAGGAAAGUCAAGAAAACUUUUGGAAGUCAAUUUUUAAAGGACCUGGAAAUGAUUCUUUACUUAACUUUGUUAGGAAAUUAAAGAUUGAAACAAGAUCAAAUAAGCUUGCAUUGGAUGUUGUAAUUGAGAAAAUUUCAAAAUAUUUCUAUAAUUUUAAUAAGGAGAAAUUAACUGCUUGUAAUAACUGGCUUGCAAUUAUGGAACUUGCUAAAGACAAUGAUAAAGAAAAGUGGAGAAGAAAUAAUUCAAUGAUGAAAAUCAGGAUUGAUGACAAUAAAGAAAGAAAACAAGAUGAGGUUAAGAAGAAAAAAAUUAUUUGUGCAAAAUGUGUUUUUAUUGGCCAUGGUAUAAAGGAUUGUAGGGUAAAACCUGAUAAUUAUAAGGUUAAUAAAGUUGAAAAAAACAGAAAAGAAUCAUUCUGUUGUGUGCAAGGAAAUCUUAAGUCUUUGGUACCUAAAGUUAAAGUAAAGGUAUUUGAUAGAACUUGUAUUGCUUUAAUUGACACUGGUGCUACUCAUGUAAUUGUGUCUAGAAAUUUAGUGGCAAAUAAAAUGAAUAAAGCAAAAGAAGUGAAAGAAUUAAUUAGUACCAUGGUGGGAAAAUUAAGAAGUAUUGGUUUAAUUGAAAUCGCACUGACAAUAGGAAAUUCUACCACUUGUUGCGAUGCACUAAUUGUGGAUCAAUCCCCUUAUGAAUUAAUUUUAUGUAUGAAUUUACUGAAAAAUUAUAAAUUACAAGUUUCUAAUGAUGGAAUUUGGUUGGAUAAUUUUAAAUUAUCCGAGGGUGAUAUUAAUCCCUCUAAUGAAAGCAAAUUUUUAAGUCUUCAUGCUGAAGCAGUUGAGACUAAAAAUUUAUUAUCUAACAUGACCGAUGAAGGUAAGUUGAAUAAAUUCGAUAAUAAUUAUCUCGGUUUAUUAAAGGCAAGGUUUCAAGAUGUCUUUGAUUCCAGCUAUAAACCGAGUAAGAUAAAACUUGAUCCGGUCAUUGCAGUUCAUGAGAACUCAAAACCUUUAUUUAAAAAUGUUUUUAAAAGAAAUCCUAAAGAAGAACAAAGUAUAUCUCAAGCUGUCAAAAACUUAUUAGAUUUAGGAAUUAUUGAAGAAUGUUUUUCGCCUUGGUCAACAAACCCGUUUCUGGUAUCGAAGAAAGAUACUGAUGAAAAACGCAUGGUUAUUGAUUACAGAGAUCUCAAUAGUAUAACCAUUUCAAAAAAAUUUGCAAUUCCACGAAUUGAUUUAACUUUAGAUGCUCUUUCUGGUGCAGCAGUUUUUACUAGCUUAGAUCUCAUAUCUGGUUAUCAUCAGUUUAUAUUAGAUGAAACUGACAGAGACAAAACUGCUUUUUCUUGUUCUUCAGGUCAAUAUAGGUAUAAGGUUCUUCCUAUGGGUUUAGUAAACGCACCAUACAUAUUUCAACGUGUUAUGACUAAGCUUUUUAAGGAAUAUAUUAACGUAUUUGUUGUAGUCUAUUUAGAUGACAUUUUGGUAUAUUCUAAAGAUGAAGAAUCGCAUUUUAAACAUCUUAAUUUAGUCCUUGAAAUUAUUAAAGAAUAUGGUCUAACAAUAAACUUAUAA